GGCCCGGCCCGGCCCGCCCGCCAUGGCCGCGCAGGAGCCCGCGGGCCCCGGGGACGGGGACGGCGCUUCCCCCAGCCCCAAGAAGCGGCGUGUGUGGGGCGAGGACCGGCGGGUGCCGCCGCCGCGCCGGCGGAGCGCGGGGGUGAGCUUCGGGGCCCAGCACUUCGCCGAGACCUCCUACUAUUUCGAAGGGGGUUUGCGGAAGGUCCGGCCUUACUACUUCGAUUUCUGCACCUACUGCAAGGGGCGCUGGGUGGGCCGGACUCUGCUGCACGUCUUCGGGAGCGAGUUCCGAGCGCAGCCGCUUUCCUAUUACCGAGCGGCCGCCCGCGCCGGCCGCCUCCGCCUCAACGAGGAGCCCGUCCAGGACCUGGAUAUCGUGCUGAAGAACAACGACUUCCUCAGGAACACGGUGCAUCGGCACGAGCCGCCGGUCACCGCCCAGCCCCUGCAGAUCCUGGUGGAGAACGAGGAGGUGGUGGUUGUGGACAAGCCCUCCUCUCUGCCCGUGCACCCCUGCGGCCGGUUCCGCCACAACAGCGUCAUCUUCAUCCUGGGCAAGGAGCACGCCCUGCGGGACCUGCACACCAUCCACCGCCUGGACCGCAUGACCUCGGGGGUGCUGAUGUUUGCCAAGACCCUGGAGGUCUCCAAGAGGAUCGAUGAGCAGGUUCGGGAGAGGCAGCUGGAAAAGGAGUACGUCUGCCGUGUGGUGGGGGAGUUCCCCGAGCAUGAAGUGGUCUGCCAGGAGCCCAUCCUGGUUGUUUCAUACAAGGUGGGGGUCUGCCGCGUGGACCCCAAAGGGAAGUUCUGCAAAACCACCUUCCAGAGGCUCAGCUACAACGGCAAGACCAGCGUGGUCAAGUGUCUGCCCCAGACUGGCCGCACGCACCAGAUCCGGGUCCACCUGCAGUAUCUGGGGCAUCCCAUUGUCAAUGACCCCAUCUACAACCUGGAAGCCUGGGGCCCCGAGAGGGGAAAAGGUGGCAAGAUUGGUAAGACAGAUGAAGAACUCCUUAAGGCUCUGGUGGAGGAGCAUCGUUCCAAACAGAGCCUGGAUAUCUUGGGCAUUUCGGAGGAGGACGUGGACUCCAACGCUGAAAGUAAAGACUGUGGUAGUUCAAGGGGCUGCACCAAGUCUGGGGAGGCUGAUCCCAUACGUGAGGAUUCCUGCCCUUCCAAGGACAGUGAGGAUCCCGAGAGGGACUCAAAGGAUCCCAAGAGGGGCACUGAGGAUCCCAAGAGGGACACUGAGGAUUCUGAAAGCAACAAUGUAGCAGCUCAUCCGCUGAACUCUGACAGCGACCUGGAAAUGCUUGAAAAAAACAAAGAGCUGGGCUCCUGUGAGAAUCGGGAUGGAGACAAGGGUUCAGAAAGGGACCCUUUGUGCCUGGAGUGCAGAGUGAGCCGGCGGGACCCGUCCCCCCAGGAGCUGGUGAUGUACCUGCACGCCCUGCGCUACAAGGGAGCCCAGUUUGAGUAUUGCUCCAAGAUGCCCCAGUGGGCCAUGGAAGACUGGGAGGAAUGACCAAGGACACUGGACACCUACGGAUGUUGUUGGCUGGGAAAGUGUCUUGUAAAGAGCUAAGACUGAUUUUGUGAAUGUGGUUGAGGUGAACAAGCUGCCUGAGGACUCUGAGUGGGGUGGGAAGGGGUGGUGGGGCUGGAGGAGUGUCCAGACUGCUGAGAGGUGCUGUGGAAGAUGGGCAGGAAAAGGGGGCUACAGCCCUGGUUUCUGUUGCCCUGCAGUGAACAAGCACUGCAGGACAGCACCCAUCUCUUGGCACAGGCAGCUCUGCCUUUCACCUCAACCUGUCCUGGCUCUGCUGGUGAUUAUCCACACAGAUAACUAAGUGCCUGCACUUCACAGGCAGCUACUGGUUUUUCUUCUGGCCUGCUAAGUUCUUGCAUCUCACAGUAAUUGCUGCUGGAGUGUCAUUUCAAGUGCUGGAUGUCAUGUCACACAAACCUACUUUUACUGUAUUUUAUUGUCAGACUGAUUUUAAAACUCAAGUGUUACCCCUGAGAACUCUGUAAGGUAAAACCAGAGCAGUGUCCAGCUGGUCUGUUCCCUGCUUGCUGCUUGUCAGCAAGGUGGGCUUUGCUCUGAAGCUGCCCUUUCAGUAUUCCUGCAAAUAAUGACUUAUUUAAAGUUAGCAACUCUAGGGGCUGGGCCCUUCAUAUUGGGCUUGCUUUUGGAUGUGAAAGUCUCCAGAUGUUGUCUCUGAGAUCCAUCAGGAGACUGAGUAGGUUUUUUGCCUCUCUGCUCCCUCCCCUGUGACAUGUCUCCUGCCUUCUCAAAAACACCUGGCUGCUCUUCAUAGACCUGGUCCUUCUCUGUCCCUCAUGCCUCAUGGAAAACAUCUUCAUUCUUGACCACAAAUCCAAAGUAAAGGUCAGUCUGCCAGCUUCUAUUUUUUUACUAUUUUGUCACAGCUGUACUGUGGGCAGGUUGUUUCUGACUGAUGAGGACUUAUACUAGACCACAUCUGUGUGACAAUCAGCUUUGAAGAAAAACCAAAGCUGUUUUAUGAACCAGAAGACUUUUAAAAUUAUGUUUUAUAUGUUUCCAGGGUGAUAAAUACCACUGUAGUUCUCAUUUUCAUUGGUGUUUAUAUGGUCACUUCUUGGCCACUGGGAGGAUUAUUAUAAUAAUUCUGAUGUCUCAGGUUCUGUUUUAUAAUUUGUUUUCCCUUUUCCAUACAUGUCACCAGUGAUAAUGACCAGCUCUGUGAGAACAAUCAGAACCUUUACCUGGGAAGAGCCACAUUGUUCCAGGGCUGUUUGCAAAUGGGUUAAUGUUACUAAGAUCAGGACUCUGGACCAAAUCAGAAUAAACCAGUGCUUACUGCUUCAAA